AUGAUCCACUCUUUUGUCUUUUGCUACAUUCAUCCCUCCACACAUCCAUCUCAGGAGGAGGAUGCUUUGUUGCGUCAGCUGGUGGAGAGGGGCGGAGCCAAGGGGUGGACGGCCAUAGCAGCGCAUUUGAAUGAUCCACUCUUUUGUCUUUCCUCAUGUAUUACCAAAUCCUUUGCUACACUACACCCAUCCAUCCAUCCCUCCAUCUCAGGAGGAGGAUGCUUUGUUGCGUCAGCUGGUGGAGAGGGGCGGAGCCAAGGGGUGGACGGCCAUAGCAGCGCAUUUGAAUGGGCGCGCGGGGAAGCAGUGCCGGGAGCGGUGGCACAACCAUCUCAAGAGGGGCAUCAAGAAGGUGAUUAUAACGAGGAUAAUGGGGAGGCGUGGACGGAAGAGGAGGAGCGAGCUUUUGUAGAGGCUCACAAGCGGCUGGGCAACAGAUGGGCGGAAAUUGCAAGACUAUUACCGGGGAGAACAGACAACAGCGUCAAGAACCACUGGAACUCUACAGCCCGGAGGAAGGAGGAAAUGGGGCGAGGCGGGGCAGAGGGCAAAGGGAACGGUAGGCCUGGCAGUGCUGGGAGUGCUGGUAGUGCUGGUAGUGUUGGGAGUGUGGGGAGGGGAGCGUAUAGUGGUCGAUCGAACGUGCUCCUGCGGUAUAUCCAGUCGCUGAAGCAGGGGUGCCGGAGUGAGAGCGGAGGGGGGGAGAGCAGAGGAGGGGAAAGCGGAGGGGGGGAGAGCAGAAGGGGGGAGAGCAGAGAGAGGGAGAGAGGGAGCAGAGGAGGGGAGCAGCAGAGCAGAGGGGGAAGGAGCGAGAGCAGAAGGGGGGAGAGGGAGAGGAGUAAUGGGGAAGAGGGCGAUGGGGAAAUCAGAAGUGCUGGUAAAGGAAGGAGGGAGGGGAGAGAGGAGGGGAGAAGGAGGGAAGGAGGAGAGAGUGUGGGGGAAUGGAGUGAGAGGGGGAGAGUGAGAACAAUGGACGAGGGAGGUAUGGAUGGUUUUGAAAACUCUCAGAAACCUAUUGGAAGCUCAAAGAUCAAAGAGAGAAUCACGGCGGUUUCUGAGAAGUCUCAGAAGUCUCAAAGGUCAACAGGAGGCUUGGAUGCUUAUGUGAAUUCAGAAGGGUUAACCCUAAAACCUACUGGAGGUAUGGAGGUGGAUGGGUUUGGGGGUAGGGGAUUGGAGCAGAAGCAAAGAGAGUUUAGGGCACAGCCACUUUCGCUACAGCCGGCAAUGCUACAGCCGGACAUACUACAAGUAGCAACACUGCAGCGGCAACGCAUGCUACAGCCAGCAGGGCUACAGCCGGCAGUGGUACAGCCAGCCACACAACAAGCAGCCGCCUUCGCGUCUCAGAAUCCUACUGUGAAGAUGGAAAUAAGGGGGGAGGAGACAGGGGAGAAGCGAGAGGAGGAGGAAGAGGGAGAGGAGAGAGCAUGCAACGAUGUGGAAUGGAGAAUGAAGGGUAUGCAUCUGGGGUUGUCUGCAUCGGUACCAGCAGCAGCAGAACGAGCAGCAGCAGCAGCAGUAGCGCCACUGCCACUUGUUGCUAACAGCACCAACUGGGGCUCACAUGAGCCAAUGCUGGUAGCAGGUGAAGACUCUCAACCGCCAGCAGCAGCAGCAGCAGCAGCAGCAGCAGCCAACACCCCGUUCCCGCAUUUUCCUCCACCUUCUCACCAACCCCAGCAUCCUCUCAGCUACCAGUCAAAUAGGAAUGUGUUCCCCCAUCCCUCCUCACCGCUUCCUUCCUCUACACACCUUCCUCCCUCAUCAUUCCUUCCUCCCUCCUCACCUCUUCCCCCCCAUGCCUCCCCUCCCUCGUGCAGUGAGGUGUAUUUUGAGGCGCCUCAAAAUGCAUCCCCUCCCUCCACUUCAACUCCGGCUCCUCUCGAGAUGACUUUUGAGUCGACUCAAAAGUCACCUCUUCCUUUCCAUGCCUCCCCUCCCUCCACUUCAACUCCUGCUCCUCUCUUCCCAGUGGCCCAGCAUUCAACAAUACACCAAUCCACUAACUAUAAUCAUUCCCCCGCACCACACUCACCUCCUCCUGCUCUCUCUCUCUCCCUCGCCCACACUGCCCCUAGCCCCUCUCAACCUCACCAGCCGUCUCCCCCGUUUCCCCCACCGUCUAACUCUCACCUCCCCUCAUCCUCGUUCUCACUCUCCCCCUUUGUGUCGCCUCAUAGCACUGGGACAGCGCCUACGGGCUGCAGGGAGAAUACAUUCCCCCCUUCCGCCAUCUCGCUUCCCCCGGACGUCCCCCCCGCGCCUCACCUGGAGGACUGUGAGGCGCGCACAGCCUUCCGCUUGUCCACGGAGAAAUGGGGGAAGCGGGGGGAGCCGCCCUUCUGGGCUGUUCCCAACCCUGCAUGCGGCAACGUGCCCCAACCCCCCUGGCGCACUGGGUACCUUGCAGCACUGCCAACCCGCCACCCCUCUUCCCUACCCAUCACCCCUCUUCCUAACCCACCACCCCUCUUCCCUACCCACCACCCCUCUUCCCUACCCACCACCCCUCUUCCCUACCCACCACCCCUCUUCCCUACCCACCACCCCUCUUCCCUACCCACCACCCCUCUUCCUAACCCACCACCCCUCUUCCCUACCCACCACCCCUCUUCCCUACCCACCACCCCUCUUCCCUACCCACCACCCCUCUUCCCUACCCACCACCCCUCUUCCCUACCCACCACCCCUCUUCCUAACCCACCACCUCUCUUCCCUGCCCACCACCCCUCCUGCAGAUCCGAGGCUCCGACGCUGGCAACCUGGCAGCUACCCGGCAAGCACAAGCUGACAUAUGGCGACAGCAGUUCCCGCCCAGGCAGCACGAGACACACACAAUCUUCCCUCCUCCCCACCCAAGCGCCCCCCACUCUGUCCCCUCCCCUCCACCCACACCCACACGCUUGGAUUGCAAUACGUGACUUUCCUCCUCGCCCCGUUUGCCUUGUCUCAGAGCUGGGCCGCCGCGGGUCGCUCGACUGCUACUUCUUUCGGUUCUCCUCCCAGGAGUGUGAGGAGAUCGCUCUCAAGGCACGUCAGGCCUGGAAGGCUGCUGAGGAGAGGAAGCAGCAGGCUGCUGCCGAGGAGAAGGAGAGGGAAGAAAGGGAGAGGGGAGAAAAAGAGAGGGAAGAGAAUGGCAAGGGAGAGGAGCAAGCACCAGGAGGAGGAGGAGGCAGUGGUAAAGGAGGAGCGAGAGAUUCAAAGGAGGAAGGAGGGGAGAAAGUUAGAAACGGUGGUGGGAGGAGGCUUUUGCAAGCAGAAUAUAAGACUGGGGAUGCUGAGGUGUCUCAUGCUGAUAAUACAACUUAUGGUGCUGAUGGGACUGGUGAUAAUAACAAGGAGUUCAAAAGAGACGUGACAAACGAGGAUGUGAUUGUAGCGGAGCCAUGUGACGGUGUGGGGUGUCUGGGCUCGGAUGCUCUAGUGAUCUUCCCAGCAACGCCAGGGUUUGGGGUGGAUGGAGGGUCGAACUUCAUCUCUCAGCUCAACGUGUCCGCUGCAGAGCUCUCUCACUCUCAUCCCCUCCUCACGUCUCCCCAACUUCCCCUCUCUGAUCUGCAGUCUCUGGGGCAAGGGGUAUCUGAAGAGCCCUCUGCCCAACGAGGUGAUGGGGCGUAUGAGCAAGCACUCCAAGUUCCUCAAGAAGGUGAGCAGUGUUGCUACACAAGGGAAGGAGCACACUUGAGCAGAGCAGCCGUCUACUCUGCACCCUCUGCCCAACGAGGUGAUGGGGCGUAUGAGCAAGCACUCCAAGUUCCUCAAGAAGGUGAGCAGUGUUGCUACACAAGGGAAGGAGCACACUUGAGCAGAGCAGCCGUCUACUCUGCACCCUCUGCCCAACGAGGUGAUGGGGCGUAUGAGCAAGCACUCCAAGUUCCUCAAGAAGUCGCUCAAUACGUGGUGCCUUUUGGUUCGCCUCAAUACGUGGUGCCUUUUGGUUCGCCUCAAUACGUGGUGCCUUUUGGUUCGCCUCAAUACGUGGUGCCUUUUGGUUCGCCUCAAUACGUGGUGCCUUUUGGUUCGCCUCAAUACGUGGUGCCUUUUGGUUCGCCUCAAUACGUGGUGCCUUUUGGUUCGCCUCAAUACGUGGUGCCUUUUGGUUCGCCUCAAUACGUGGUGCCUUUUGGUUCGCCUCAAUACGUGGUGCCUUUUGGUUCGCCUCAAUACGUGGUGCCUUUUGGUUCGCCUCAAUACGUGGUGCCUUUUGGUUCGCCUCAAUACGUGGUGCCUUUUGGUUCGCCUCAAUACGUGGUGCCUUUUGGUUCGCCUCAAUACGUGGUGCCUUUUGGUUCGCCUCAAUACGUGGUGCCUUUCAACUCAACUCGAGUCGACUCAACCCGAUGUGCACUGGUGGAGGGAGCAGGCGACGUGCCUCUCCAUCCGUGCUGUCGGCACAACCUCUCUCCCUUCUCCCACCCCACCCUCCUCCCCUCUGUCUCCCCUUCCCCACCACUUCACCAGGCGCACUGGUGGCGAGCCCAAGCAACGCGCUUCAUGCUGCGGUGGCCGUCGGCCUACCUGUGCCAAAUGGUCAACCACGUUCCCUCCUUCCCUUCCCUCAUCCCCCGCGCCUCCUUCCACCCCCCUGGUACUGCAAUACCAGGCGCACUGGUGGCGAGCCCAGGCAACGCACUUCAUGCUUCAUUCACCUCUGUUCUGCCCUCCUUCUGUGCGCGUCUGCUAAUCCCCCCCGCCCCACCUUUCCCCCACCAGGCGCACUGGUGGCGAGCCCAAGCGACGCGCUUCAUGCUGCGGUGGCCGUCGGCCUACCUGUGCCACAUCAUCAACCGCGAGCGCCACCACGUGUAUGGCAUGCACGUGGCCCGGCAGGUCGUAGCAUCCCACAUGGACCUACGCACGCUGCUGCUGGGAGAGUCCCGGGAGAGCAAUAAGUCUGCUGGGGAGGUGGGAGGGUUUGGGGGCAGAGGCAGGCUUCCUGAAGAGCGGCAGCUGCUGGCGACCCAGGUGGAGGAAAGAAGCCUGCUGGGAGAUGCCGGGGGGAGCAGCAAGUCUGCUGAGGAGGUGGGGGGGGUUGAGGGCAGAGGCAGGCUUCCUGAAGAGCGGCAGCUGCUGGGGUCCCAGAUGGAGCAAAGAAGCAUGCUGGGAGAGUCGUGGGGGAGAGGCAAGCCCUCUCGGUUCCCCCAGAAAGCUUUAAAGCGUUUCUUCGGGGGGGGGGGGGAAGGAGCAGAGCCGUACGUCCCGCGGCCGAUAGUGAGUGUGCAUGUGCGGCAGGGCGACAAGGGGAUUGAGAUGCAGCUCUUCUCCUUCUAUGCAUUCAUGUUCAUGGCCAAUCGUAUCCGGCGGGGAUUCCCCGGUGUGCGAUACGCGUGGCUCAGCACGGAGAUGCAGGUGAGGAGGGGGGAGAAGGGGGUGCAGGGGAGAGGCGGGUGCAGGGGAGAAGGGGGUGCAGGGGAGAGGCGGGUGCAGGGGAGAAGGGGGUGCAGGGGAGAGGCGGGUGCAGGGGAGAAGGGGGUGCAGGGGAGAGGUGGGUGCAGGGGAGAGGCGGGUGCAGGGGAGAGGCGGGUGCAGGGGAGAGGCGGGUGCAGGGGAGAGGCCGGUGCAGGGGAGAGGCGGUUGCAGGGGAGAGGCGGUUGCAGGGGAGAGGCGGGUGCAGGGGGGAGGCGGGUGCAGGGGAGAGGCGGGUGCAGGGGAGAGGCGGGUGCAGGGGGGAGGCGGGUGCAGGGGAGAGGCGGGUGCAGGGGAGAGGCGGGUGCAGGGGAGAGGCGGGUGCAGGGGAGAGGCGGGUGCAGGGGAGAGGCGGGUGCAGGGGAGAGGCGGGUGCAGGGGAGAGGCGGGUGCAGGGGAGAAGGGGGUGCAGGGGAGAGGGGGGUGCAGGGGAGAGGCGGGUGCAGGGGAGAGGCGGGUGCAGGGGAGAGGCGGGUGCAGGGGAGAGGCGGUUGCAGGGGAGAGGCGGUUGCAGGGGAGAGGCGGGUGCAGGGGGGAGGCGGGUGCAGGGGAGAGGCGGGUGCAGGGGAGAGGCGGGUGCAGGGGGGAGGCGGGUGCAGGGGGGAGGCGGGUGCAGGGGAGAGGCGGGUGCAGGGGAGAGGCGGGUGCAGGGGAGAGGCGGGUGCAGGGGAGAGGCGGGUGCAGGGGAGAGGCGGGUGCAGGGGAGAGGCGGGUGCAGGGGAGAGGCGGGUGCAGGGGAGAGGCGGGUGCAGGGGAGAGGCGGGUGCAGGGGAGAGGCGGGUGCAGGGGAGAGGCGGGUGCAGGGGAGAGGCGGGUGCAGGGGAGAGGCGGGUGCAGGGGAGAGGCGGGUGCAGGGGAGAGGCGGGUGCAGGGGAGAGGCGGGUGCAGGGGAGAGGCGGGUGCAGGGGAGAGGCGGUUGCAGGGGAGAGGCGGGUGCAGGGGAGAGGCGGGUGCAGGGGAGAGGCGGGUGCAGGGGAGAGGCGGGUGCAGGGGAGAGGCGGGUGCAGGGGAGAGGCGGGUGCAGGGGAGAGGCGGGUGCAGGGGAGAGGCCGGUGCAGGGGAGAAGCGGGUGCAGGGGAGAGGCGGGUGCAGGGGAGAGGCGGGUGCAGGGGAGAGGCGGGUGCAGGGGAGAGGCGGGUGCAGGGGAGAGGCGGGUGCAGGGGAGAUGCGGGUGCAGGGGAGAGGCCGGUGCAGGGGAGAGGCGGGUGCAGGGGAGAGGCGGGUGCAGGGGAGAGGCGGGUGCAGGGGAGAGGCGGGUGCAGGGGAGAGGCGGGUGCAGGGGAGAGGCGGGUGCAGGGGAGAGGCGGGUGCAGGGGAGAGGCGGGUGCAGGGGAGAGGCGGGUGCAGGGGAGAGGCGGGUGCAGGGGAGAGGCGGGUGCAGGGGAGAGGGUGGGAAGCAUGCAGAGUGUUGUGGACCAGUCGAGUCGAUUCACGGACUGGACUUUCUUCUACUCCGAGGUUCCGCGGCAAGGAGCUGGAACGAGAAUGUCCGAGUACACUGAAAAUUUCAACCACCCCUCUCCCCCCCACCCUUCCCCCCCCGCCCCCCUCUCCCCCUCCUCGGUGCCUACCCAUCCAGAUGAUGACGCCGGACAUGAUUCGGCUGGCAACGGAGCAGACGGGGCGCAUGUCAUCAGAGGAAUGAUGACCCCGGACAUGGUUCGGCUGGCCACGGAGCAGAUGGGGCGCAUGUCACCGGAGGACAUGCGGCGGGCAGCGGAGCAGAUGAAGCACCUCAGCCCCCAGCAGAUCGCCUCCGCCAUGGGCGCUGGUGCUGGCGGGGGGAUCUCAGGGGCCGCGGCGGGAGGUGGGGGAGGGGGAGUGCGAGGGGGAGUAGCAGGAGGGUUGCCGGAUGUGGCUUCUUAUAUGAGCCAGAGGCAGCAGUAUGAGCUGAACGCCGCAACGAUGCUCAAGAAUGAGGUCAGUGGUGUUGCCUUCACGCUCCCCAUUCCCAUUGGGGAAGUGCGUCCAGGGAAGUGCAACAGGGAAGUGCAACGUGUGUCGUCUUUUGAGACGUCUCAAAAGUCUUUGGACGUGUGUCCAGGGAAGUGCAACAGGGAAGUGCAACGUGUGUCGUCUUUUGAGACGUCUCAAAAGUCUUUGGACGUGUGUCCAGGGAAGUGCGUCCAGGGAAGUGCAACAGGGAAGUGCAACAGGGAAGUGCAACAGGGAAGUGCGUCCAGGGAAGUGCAACGUGUGUCGUCGCAUGGAGAGAGUGCUGGAAGGGAAGUACCAGGAAGGAAGCAGCAAUGCCGCUCUGUCUACCGCACGUAUGCUGUGCUGUGCAGUCAACCUCAUCACCUGCCACCGCAACACCACCUCCUGUCCCCUUGCUGCCCCACUCUCCGCGUGCUCUCUGCUUCCACUCCCUUACCCUCCCCUUCUCUCCCCUUCACUCCUCCUCAGGCGCGGGACAAUCUAGCCAUGCAUUCAUCCCCAGCAGCGGUGUCCCUGUGUCGCACGUGUGCAUUCAACCUCAUCACCUGCCACCGCAACACCACCUCCUCCAUGCAUUCGUCCCCAGCAGCGGUGUCCCUGCGGCGCACGUGUGCAGUCAACCGUAUGUCCUGCCACCUCAAGACCAACUCCUUUCCCCUCGCUGCCCUGCUCUCUGCCAUCCCCCACGCAAUCACCCAGUGCCGUCUCUUCCCUUCUCUCCCCUUCACUCCUUCCCAGGCACGGGACAAUCUAGCCAUGCACUCGUCCCCAGCAGCGGUGUCGCUGCGGCGCACGUGUGCAGUCAACCUUAUGUCCUGUCACCUCAAGACCAACGCCUUUGCCCAUGCUGUCUCUGUUGGCACUCAGGUGAUUUCCGAAGAUGGGUCUAACCUCAAGGCGCUGUACAGACGAGGACUGGCUUACAAGGAGCUUGGGCAGUUGAAAGAGGCAGCAGCAGACCUGUCUAAAGCAGCGGAGAUCUCACCGGAUGAUGAAACGCUGACAGGGGUACUCAGAGAAACCAAAGCAGCACUGGAAGCUACAAAGGAGAAAGUUUCUCUGGAGGACAUCGAUGAGGGCGACGAUGCUCCUGCUCCAUCGUCUGCUGUCUCCUCUGCUUCUGGAGCGGUAGUUUCACCAUCAGUGGCAGAAGCACAACCAGCAGCGGCGGCAGCAGCAGCAGUGGGAAGCAAUCCGCUGUUCAUCCCUCCCUCGGUGCCCACCAUGUCUCCUGACCUCUCCGCCACGGACCCUGCUCUCGUGCGCAACAUGCAGGCGAUGAUGACGAGCAUGGAUCCAGCAGCAGUGGCGGCGCUGAGUGGCGGCACCCUAUCCCCCGAAAUGGCCCGCACUGCAGCGCAGCUCGUGGGCUCCAUGUCCCCGGAAGACCUUCAGAAGAUGAUGCGCCUUGCUUCGACCUUCAGCCAAGCUGGGGGUGGGGUUCCUGGGGGGCCAGGGGCAGGGGGUGUAGCGGGAACGGGGGGAGCAGAGGGAGCAGGAGGAGCAGGGGGGGCUGGGUCAGCAGGGGUGGCUGGGGGAAGGAGGGCAGGAAGGGCAGCGGGUGGUGUUGGCU